AUGCGGCUUAUAUUUGGGCAAGAAAAAUCAACAAAAUCCAAGGUGCGGAGUCUGGGUACUGUGGAGGCGCUUCUGUUGAUGUCAGAAUGGCAUCCUCGCGCCCUGCAUUUUCCGCCCGAGACGGAUGGCUGGGAUGAUGAUUUGAUCCCAGAAGCCCCCAAGAAUCAUGAUAAUAACGAUCAAAGCUCAGCACCUGGUAGUCGCGGGGUAGACGAUAUAAUUGAACCCGCACGCCGAUCUGACCAAAUGUCCUGGAUGUUACUUGGAUGUGCACUCUCUCUUGCACACGAGCUGGGCAUAUUCGAGACAGAAGGAGGCAGCUCACCGAACGACGAACUGGAAUGGAGAGAUCAGAUGAGAAUGCGCUGGCAGCGCGUACAACGUCUGAUAUACGUCUAUAUCAAUCAACUGGCGUGGCGGAUUGGAUGCAUGUCACCCAUUCCUCAGUCAUUAAACCAUGCUAUCCUGGGUGGACGGAAGCCACAAGGACUGAGUCCACCGGGCAGCACGUGGUUGGCGUUCAUGGAUUCGUGGAUCGAGCUUACCAAGCUAGCGAAGUCUGUCACUGAUACCUUCUUCCCCUCUGUGGCGUUCGCCCGCCAGCAACUGCACAGCGGCCGAUAUGUUGGCCUUCUUGAGCAUUUCCGACCUCUUCUCAACGAAUGGAAAGACAAGUACCUACAACCCCAGGUACUUGACAAAGCAUUCUACAACGAUCUUUUCAUCGAAUACCACUUCGUCCGUGUCUACACCCAUUCAGUGGGAAUGCAAGCAGUAGUGGAACGUGCUGUCGCAGAGAACAACCAUAACAACUUCGACGGAAUGCGACCCAUGACCAUCGACCAAACAGACUACGAAUACAUCCAAGAGGUGAUCGAAGGAUGUGGCCAGAUCCUGCAGAAAGUCACCCAUCUAGCCGAAGCAGGGGCGCUACGGUUUUCGCCUGUCCGAAUCGUCCUCCGUAUAACCAGUGCCUCGAUCUUCUUGAUGAAAGCGCUCAGUCUGGGCACACGUCAAGCCAAGCUUCAGGAAUCAAUUGAAAUACUAGAAAAGAGUAUCAAAGCACUCAAGUCAAACGCCUUGGAUGAUGUGCAUCUGAGCACGCGAUAUGCCGCACUGCUUGGCAUGCAUGUCUCACGCUUGCGACGCAAUCUGCUUGCAUCGUCGAAAACCAUGAAAAGUAGUCGAGACAUCACACGAAGAUCAUCAAUGGGGCCUCCUCCUUGGCCGGACAAUGGUGACCGGUCAAAUCCCACGAAUGCCCCUGUAUUGCAAGACCAACAGCCGGAUCUAGGAUUCAUCCCGUCCUUGAACGAUAUUGGUGCAGAUAACUGGCUUUCGCUGCCGUUUGAUCCAUCGAUGGCGCCGUUUGAUAUGAACCAUGGAUGUCAAUUUCCGAUGUAUGAAGGUGGAACAUUAGACUUUCUUUUGAAUCUGCCAUCGUGA